UGUGUGUGUGUGUAUAUAUAUAUAUAUACGCUUUUGCAGUUGACAUAAGUAUCAGCUUUUAUCGAAGAUUUAUGAAUCAUUCAACACCGAAUAUCAAAUAAUUGGAUUUUAUUCACAGUAAGUCGACUCUGUUUGAAAAAAGAUACAGCGCAUAAGGUUAUAAUAUAUCAUUGGACUAUCGUGACAUAACCUCUAAUUCACCUCGGCUUUUAUGUAAAGAUGUCUCAUCACGAUCAUAUAGCGCAUAUGAUUAAUACAACGGAAGGUCAAAGUAUACCGAAUGUGCAUGAUAUAGACCAUUCAAAUCACGUCAAUACGAACCACCAUUUGGAUCACAAUAACUUAAACCAUCAAUAUAAUGCUCAAGGCAUUUUCGGAUCAACUGGGUUAUGCUCAAGUGCAUCGCAUUCUAUUCAUGGAAUGUCUAUGGCUUUUCAUGGUGGAUACUGUGAAACAAUUCUUUUUAAAACAUGGACCAUUUCAUCAGUAGGAGGUUUAAUUGGGUCGGUUAUAGGAAUUGUUAUAAUGGCUGCACUAUAUGAAGGUCUUAAAUAUUAUAGAGAAUAUUUAUUUUGGAAAACCUACAAUGCCUUGCAAUAUAGAAGCGUAUCAAUGCCACCAGAGAAGGCUGUCGUAAAUGAUGAAAAUCGAAUAGUACAUAUGGUUGGCGAGGUUAUCCACAAACAACCGCCAACAAUGCUGUCAUGGAUGCAUGGGUUCCAGACUUUACUACAUAUUGUUCAGAUAAUCUUAUCAUAUUUCUUGAUGCUAAUCUUCAUGACCUACAAUACAUGGCUGUGUACUGGAGUAGUAGCAGGAGCAGCAAUAGGCUACUUUCUAUUUGGUUGGAAGAAAUCAGUGAUUGUGGAUGUAACAGAGCACUGUCAUUAGUGUCUGUUUUGCCGGUAUAUGACCGGCAAAGAGUUUAGCUAAAAACUUCCUUACCAAUAAAUGCAACGGAAAUAAA